CAUUUCACACGAAAAAGACCGUCCUCUCUCAAAUUAGGUUAGGUUCCUCCCUGAUAUUUGUGAUCGGUGGGCGGGGAAUUGAUAGAAUCAUAUGUUUGUCAUUUAAUUAAAAAUUCGUAAGGCAUUUUACCGAGUGCUAAAUCGAUUUUCAAAAUGAUACGGUUUAUCCUUAUACAAAAUAGGGCCGGUAAGACUAGGUUAGCGAAGUGGUACAUGAAUUUUGACGAUGACGAAAAGCAGAAGUUGAUAGAGGAGGUUCAUGCGGUUGUCACUGUCAGAGAUGCGAAGCACACGAACUUCGUCGAGUUUCGCAAUUUCAAGAUAGUGUACAGGCGGUACGCCGGCUUGUACUUCUGUAUCUGCGUCGACGUUAACGACAACAAUCUCUGUUACCUGGAAGCGAUACAUAAUUUCGUGGAGGUGUUGAACGAAUACUUCCACAAUGUAUGCGAGUUGGAUUUAGUCUUUAAUUUUUACAAGGUGUACACUGUUGUGGACGAAAUGUUCUUAGCUGGCGAGAUCAGAGAGACAAGUCAAACUAAAGUGCUGAAGCAGCUCCUGAUGUUAAACUCCUUGGAAUAAAUUGGAGUUUUAACACCCUUUGCUUUAUGUGUUAAACAAAUGCAUGAUCUGAAAUAUGUAACACGUGUCCGAUGACGAAUAUACAUCCGUACUGCAUAGAUUUAAGACAUGUCGCGUAAGACACGUACAUAAAUACUCUGUGUAAACAAAAUAAUUUAGACGAUCCUCAGUAAUCAUGUUUCACGAAGAAAACGAGAUGUACGAUAAUUUCUGCAUGACUUUUGCGUUACGACGGAAAAAGGAAAUAGUAAGAGGAAUUAACAGCUCAAAAAAAAAACAUGACAAACUAUUGUAGACGCAAAAGAAAAGAAAGGUAGAAAGUAUAUCUGUGUUUUAAACAUGUAAUAAAUCCUGUAAAUACGUGCUAGAGGAUA